AAUAGUUUCAAGGUUUUUCAAAACAUUUUAACUACAUAUAUAAAGUAACGAAGUCCACAUUUGCCGGAUGGUGUUGUAUUGCCAACAUGUAUGUUUCAUCCUCCAUAUUUUAGCCUUUGUUUGGAUUGUAGUGAACCGAACCGACGCUUUAGUAAAUCUAAAUAUUUUUAAGUGAAAAUAAAGUGUGUUAAAAACGGCCGUACCCAUGAAGAUGAAACUAGUGGAUCAAGUAGUACGUAGUUUUCGUGUAGCUAAAGUUUUCCGGGAAAACACCGAUAAAAUAAACAGCAUUGAUUUCUCGCCUAGUGGCGAAACACUUAUAUCAUGUAGUGAAGACGAUCAAAUAGUUAUAUAUGACUGUGAAAAAGGCACCCAAGUUCGAACGGUUAAUAGUAAGAAGUAUGGUGUUGAUUUGAUACAUUUUACUCACGCCAAAAACACUGCCAUUCAUAGUUCCACAAAAGUUGAUGAUACUAUAAGAUACCUGUCGUUGCAUGACAAUAAAUACAUUAGAUAUUUCCCAGGACAUACGAAGAAAGUUGUUUCCCUUUGUUUAUCACCUGUUGAGGAUACAUUUUUAUCAGGAUCACUAGACAAGACUUUACGUCUUUGGGAUUUGCGGUCUCCAAACUGUCAGGGCUUAAUGCACUUGUCUGGCAGACCAGUAGCUGCGUAUGACCCUGAAGGACUUAUAUUUGCAGCAGGAGUUAAUUCAGAAAGCAUAAAAUUGUAUGAUCUGAGAUCAUUCGAUAAGGGUCCAUUUGUAACGUUUAAACUCACACAAGAAAAAGAGUGUGAUUGGACAGGUUUAAAAUUUUCGCGGGAUGGCAAAACAAUCUUGAUAAGUACUAAUGGUUCAAUAAUUCGUCUCAUUGAUGCAUUUCAUGGUACUCCACUGCAAACUUUCACUGGUCAUCUUAAUAAUAAAGGAAUACCUAUUGAGGCGUCAUUCAGUCCAGACUCACAGUUUAUCUUCAGUGGGUCCACAGAUGGUAGAGUUCAUGUUUGGAAUGCAGACACAGGAUACAAAGUAUGUGUUUUAAAUGCUGAUCACCCGGGUCCAGUUCAAUGUGUUCAGUUUAACCCCAAAUACAUGAUGUUAGCAUCUGCUUGCACCAACAUGGCAUUUUGGUUGCCGACAAUCGAAGACACAUAGGUAGAUUUAAGUUUUACUAUUUGUAUGGAUGGACACUUCGAUUUUUCAGUGAGAUUAGAUAUUAAAAUCUUGUAACUGUAAAAUGUUUCAACAGAUGUCAUCAAGGAAAUUUCUUCAAGUCUAAUUCUGGAAUAUCUGAGAAAUGCCGCAAGGUAUCAGAAUAACCAAUUAAAAAAAAGUGUUAUAAAUUAUGUGUACCUGUGUGAUUACGUUAUGGAGCAAAAGUUGUAAAUAUGUUUUAUGUUAGAUUUGUAUUUUUUAAUUUCUACAUUACAUUAAUGUAUUUUUACGAAUUACAUUAAAUUAUUUUUCUAUUAUAGCUGCAUUUUACUGGUAGGCUUGAAAAGCCGUUUUAUUUCUAGGUGUAUGAUGCUGGUUUACAGUCAUGUUGUACUAGUUGUUUUGUCCAACAGAUUAGUGGUAGAUGUGAUACUUCGUCUAGUAUAGAAGAGAUGGUUUUUGAUGUCAAAUAUUACAUGUACCACAGCACGUUCCUUUUUAAAUAUUUUUAAACAUACUGCCAUGUUUUCAUAUAGCAAGAUAGGUAAGGUUGAUUUUAAUUAUCUUCCAUGAAUGCAAAUAUUGAUGUAUAUUUUUAAAUUUCC